CACUGUCCCCGCGGCCUUUCUCUGCGACAGAAGCGGGCCAGGCGCCUCGGUCGCUCUGCCCCACCGCCCCCAGGCGCAAGGCCCAGCCAGCCAUCCUUCUAUUUCCGCCCCCGCCCCAUAUAAACGGAGGGGAACAGCAGGCACCCAGGGGCAAAAUCAGAGGCCUUUGUGCCGCGAAAGAGAGGUGCUGGAAAUCCACAGCGAUAGUAACGAUGAUGUCUCUGCUUGUGGAAGUCAGAAGGCCAUGGUGGGAGCCUGGCAGGGAACGCCUUCGCCUGGGAGUAUCUGCCCAGUGUGCUAUUUCUCCUGGUUCGUAUGUGACAAAGGGAUCUGUUAACAACAACCAUGGCAUCUGAAUUAGAGAACCUAAAUCCUAGUGCCAGAAUAAUGACAUUUCAUCCCACUAUGGAAGAAUUCAAAAACUUCAGCCGAUACAUUGCAUACAUAGAGUCUCAAGGAGCCCAUAGAGCUGGAUUGGCAAAGGUUGUCCCUCCUAAGGAAUGGAAACCGCGCAGAUGGUAUGAUGAUAUUGAUGAUGUGAUAAUCCCUGCUCCCAUUCAGCAAGUUGUCACUGGCCAGUCAGGCCUCUUCACACAGUAUAACAUCCAGAAGAAAGCUAUGACAGUCCGGGAGUUUAGGAGGAUAGCAAAUAGUGAUAAGUAUUGUACACCUCGGUAUACUGACUUUGAAGACCUUGAACGCAAGUACUGGAAGAAUCUCACAUUUAAUGCUCCAAUCUAUGGUGCAGAUGUUAAUGGCACACUCUAUGACAAGCAUGUAGAUGACUGGAAUAUUGGUCAUCUGAAUACAAUUUUGGAUGUAGUGGAGAAUGAAAGCGGCAUUACCAUUGAAGGUGUUAAUACACCUUAUCUCUAUUUUGGAAUGUGGAAAACUUCCUUUGCCUGGCACACUGAAGACAUGGACCUUUAUAGCAUCAACUACCUGCAUUUUGGGGAACCCAAGUCAUGGUACUGUGUUCCUCCAGAACAUGGGAAGCGACUGGAACGUCUUGCUAAAGGGUUCUUUCCUGGAAGUGCCCAGAACUGUGAAGCUUUCCUCCGUCACAAGAUGACUUUGAUUUCUCCGUCAAUACUGAAGAAAUAUGGCAUUCCAUUUGACAAGGUGACCCAAGAAGCUGGAGAAUUUAUGAUAACCUUUCCUUAUGGAUAUCAUGCUGGCUUUAAUCAUGGGUUCAACUGUGCUGAAUCGACUAAUUUUGCCACACUCAGGUGGAUUGAGUAUGGAAAGCAGUCUGUUUUAUGUUCGUGCCGAAAGGAUAUGGUCAAAAUCUCUAUGGAUGUCUUUGUAAGGAAAUACCAGCCAGAUCGCUACAAACUCUGGAAAGCAGGAAAGGAUGUGACUGUCAUUGAUCACGCUCUCCCAACACCAGAAGCAGCUGAGUUCUUCAAGGGAGAGCUCCUCCAGAAAGUUAAAAAUGAGAAGCACUGUCCUGAUGACACUGAACUAGAGGAGGAAUGCAGUGCAGAUGGAGAUAUUGAGAAGAAGAGUAUGCCCAAGCACCGCAUUGGAACCAAACGGCAUCGUGUCUGCUUGGAGGUUCCUCACGAGGUGAGCCAGAGUGAGGCCUUUCCCAAGGAGGAGCUUGGUCCAGUGCAGUUUGAAAUGGAUGUGGCAGAAUCCCCAGUAGGACCUGCUAGAGAACCUGUGCAGCAAGGGGAACAAGGAAUUGCACUUCCAGAAUAUGGAGAUUCCUCAGAAGUAAAGUUUGAAGAACUAAAAAAUGUCAAACUGGAUGAUGAAGAGGAAGAGCCCGAAGCAGCUGUUUUGGAUCUUUCUAUUUCCCAUUCUGUGACUUCAACUGGCAUAAAGCUGCAGAGCUCUGUUUCCAGCCUUCAGUCUGAUUCUCCAAUGGGUUCUGGUUCAUCAGAUUCUGAACCUUCCGAUCUUUCCAGACAGGAUCUGGAGCAACCUGAGGUGCUCAUGGUGCACAGUUAUGCUAAAGAAGAAGUCAAUGACAUGAGCAGUGAGCGGCCAUCGGGGAAAAAAGCUAGUGCUACAACCAGAGUGAAUGAACAGGAUCUUGCAAAAAUGGCGAAGGAGUACAUAAGAUCAGUAAAGGAUCACAAGAAGUCAAAAGGGCGUCGGCAGCCUUUGAGCAAACUUCCUCGGCAUCAUCCACUUCUGGUUAAAGAUGGUCUCAGUGAUGAUGAAAUGUCAGAACAACUGAACCCUGAAGAAGAAGCUGAGGAGACAGAAGCGUGGGCAAAGCCACUAGGCCAACUGUGGCAGAAUCGCCCUCCAAACUUUGAAGCAGAAAAGGAGUAUAAUGCAGCCAUGGCGCAGCAGGCUCCCUACUGUGCGGUCUGCAUGCUGUUUCAAACCUACCAGGCAGAUUGUGGAGGCCAGAGUUCACAGGUAGUUCUAGAUGCUGGUGGCAAGAUGAGAACAAAACCCCUGAUUCCCGAAAUGUGUUUUACUACCACUGGUUGCAGCACAGAUGUCAGUCUUUCUACUCCUUAUUUGGAAGAAGAUGGCACCAGUCUUUUGGUUACCUGCAAGCGCUGUCGGGUUCGUGUACAUGCCAGCUGUUAUGGUGUAGCCCCUGAGAAGGCAACUGGAGACUGGAAGUGCUCUAGAUGCAGAGCUAAUGCUUUGGAAGAGGAUUGUUGUUUAUGUUCACUUCGAGGAGGUGCACUUCAAAGAGCUAAUGGCAACAAGUGGGUCCAUGUUAUGUGUGCGGUGGCAGUUUUGGAGGCCAAAUUUGUGAAUAUUGCAGAACGCAGUCCAGUAGAUGUCAGCAAAAUACCACUGCAGCGCUUCCGACUGAAAUGCGUAUUCUGCAAGAAGCGACGAAAGAGAACUGCUGGCUGUUGCAUGCAGUGCUCUCAUGGCCGUUGUCCUACAUCCUUCCAUGUCAGUUGUGCACAGGCAGCUGGAGUCAUGAUGCAACCCGAUGACUGGCCAUUUGUGGUCUUUACAACUUGCUUCAGGCACAAAAUCCCAUCCCAAGCAGAGCGAGCUCUACAGGAUCUUGUUGUGGGGCAGGCAGUUAUCAGCAAGCAUAAGAAUGGGCGUUUCUAUCAGUGUGAAGUGAUCAAUCUGACCAAGGAAACCUUUUAUGAGGUCAACUUUGAUGAUGGCUCCUUCAGUGACAACCUAUACCCAGAAGACAUUGUGAGUCGAGACUGUGCCCAACUGGGCCCUCCAGCUGCAGGAGAAGUUGUUCAAGUGAGAUGGACAGAUGGACAGAUCUAUGGAGCUACAUUUGUAGCCUCACAUGUCAUCCAGAUGUACCAGGUUGAGUUUGAAGAUGGAUCUCAACUGAUGGCAAAGAGGGAUGAUGUCUACACACUUAAUGAAGAGCUUCCCAAAAGAGUGAAAUCCAGACUGUCUGUUGCCUCCGACAUGCGCUUCACAGAAAUCUUCACAGAGAAAGAGGUGAAACAAGAGAGAAAAAGACAGAGGGUGAUCAACUCACGUUACCGGGAGGAUUACAUUGAACCUGCAUUGUACCGGGCCAUUAUGGAGUAGAAUCAAGAGUGGUUACCCUCAAAUGGAUCCCAGCACUCCAACACAGCAGAGGCCAAACAGACUGUCUUCACAUCCAGGGUUUUUGUUUUUUGAGAUAAACUUGCCUGAUUUCUGCAGCACCUUGAUGGUAGUUGUCAAGUAAUAGAAUGGAUUUGGCUGUCCUGAUAGACUCCCAAGUGCAGGACAUGGGAGAAUUUCUUUGAUUUCCCGAACCAGUUGGUUCGCACCAGCUUGAUGGCUGCACCUUUGAUACUGAGAUUUUGCGCAUGAACUCUUCUCAGCCAGAGGCCUCUUUUCAGCACCAUCCUAGGAAGCAAGCCAGACAGCAGCAGCACUACAUGUACACCCAGGAAAUAUCAUUGGAUCGAAUGUCUGGCUCUGGAGCGUUUCCUAACUCACCUUGCCUACAGAAAGUUGGCAGUGGCCCUGGUGUUUGACAAUGAAUCCCUUUUUAUAUUUAUAACUGUUUUUGUCAUGAGCACGUGUUUUUUUAAUUGUCGCCUUCCUGAGGAUACAGUUGAAGAAGAGGGAGGGGCACAGAUUAGCUUUCUUUAGUUCCAACUUCCCAAACCUUUUAUUAAUGCUUUUUGUCCCUAUUUUGUAUUCAAAGACUUAUUUACUCAUUGCUUAAUUGUAAUAGUAUGUGCCUAUGUAAUAGGAAACUGUUUGGAGCCAUUUUAGCAUUGUGCAUUCUUCAGGCAAGGGAAUUCUGGGAAGUGCCCUUCCUUAUAAUAACAGCAGGAAUUCCAUACCAUGCUCCUCUUAAGAAUGCCACAAAUUAGGCCCAGGUAUGCAGCAAAGAUGUUUUGGAAAAUUAUCUUCAUUUUAUCUCACAGGCAGUGGCUCCAGUUUAUGCGACAAUUGGUAUUUCCGUUCAGAAGCUUUGCAGUGCUUUUGUCCACAGCCACACUGUUAAGAGUAGCAGUAGGACGUAAAUGAAUUUACUCCUAUCCUAUUUGAGGAAGAGCUGGAGGAAGGCCAAGAGGUCUAAUUUCAGGGUUCAGUGGGCUUCCAUGCUAUAUAGCUAUGGAGAAAUAUUCUAUUCAUAUGUGUUACAGAAAAAGUGCAAAGUUUGUUUUGUAACUGUAAAUGUGCCCUUGGAGCCAUUGUGAAAAUACUGAGUAGCUCAUAUGAUUGUCAACAUAUACCUUUUUUAGUAAAGGUGUAGGGCUCUAUCUUCCCAACCAAGUAUAUUUCUUACUGAAUAAUGAUAUUAUGUAGCAUAUUUCUAGGGGUGGUGACCAUGUUAGGCAGCGGAAUAUAGAAGUCUGUUUUCUUAGGCAGGGGAGGUGGGUAAGACCAAUGUUUAUGGUUAGCUAUGCUGCAGUCUAAAUUAUAAUUUCUAAAAAAGAAAUUAGUCCUAAAUUUGAAAGUUUGUCAAUCUACAUCUGUAAUGAAGACCUUUUUGCUGGCUCUUCUUUCCCUUUAAUAAGUUGGAAUUCUGGAUGCAAGAGGGGAAAUGCAAAUAUUAAUAAUCAGUAUUUACCUAUUCUGUGUAUUACUGUACAGUUUGAACUGGUAACAUUCUCUGGGAUUUGAAUUGUUUUUAGAAGCACAGUGUAUGUGAGAUCCUUUUUUGAAAUAUUGUCUGUUGCAAAACAGAUAGAAUAACAAACACAUCCUGUAAACCAUAAAAUCAUAGCAAGUGAGAGUUCACAUUUCACUUCUCUCUGUGCCUGCCUGAGUGGCACAUUCUCAGAUGAGUGAAUUUUACUGUGAAUAUCUAUUUGCUCCCUUCCUACCUUUUAUCAAGUGUUUUGUCCCAUCUGGUGGGGCUAGAGGGCAUACUCUGGGGACACUUUGGUGUUGGGCAAAAGCCAUGUCAAGUAAUAUAUAUCCUCUGACAGUAUUGCUCUGAUUCCCUCAGGUAUGUUCUUACUUAUUAGCAGAGGCACAUUGUCUGAGUCUGGAAGUUACUGCUAUCCAAUCUGGAGGCUAUUGCAUUUCCAACAUCCUGAGUCAUGACGGAUUGUGUUUUCUGAACAUCUUGCUCAGCAACAUUUAACUGUGCAACAUGAUAUACAUUGAAAUCCUUCUGUUGGCUUAUGUCUAAAUGUGCUUCAUUUGUCAUUUUGCCUCAGCUUUAGGAAUGGACUUUUCUGUAUUUAUUCUGAAACUGAAUCACGACUUUAAACAGCAAGGCACUAAAUAUAGGAGACUUUUCCUGUUCCAAAUUAGGUUUUAAUUGAAAAUGAAAAUGGGCAUAUUUCACCACAAUAAUAUAUAUGCUUUGAUUAUAACUGUACAGUGGGCCUUUGUAUAGGUUUUUAUGAAUCCAUAUCAGGUUGAAUACAUCAGUCCGUCUCUAAAAUUGUAUUUAUCUUCUAGGGGAAAAACAAAAUAGUAGUUGGAUAUGGAUUAAGUGUAAACCUAAGAUUUUAAAUAUAGUGUGCAAAAAAUAUGUAAAUGCUUAUACAUACUGGGUGAUCCAACACACUUUGUGAGAAAAGUCUAAAAAUCUUGUCAGGAUUUUACCAAAAACCCUUUAUCUCCCAAAUGCUCUUUUCUCUCUGGAGAGUGCAUUUGUUGCUUUCAUUCAGAUCAAUGAGCUACAUUUAUUUCUCUCAACUCAGACUACAUCAGUGUAAUAGCAAACUGAGAGUCUGUUUUUCACUGAUUGUCGAUUAAUUUUAUAUCUGAUGCAAUAACGGGGAAAUUCCUCCUUGAUAUUUUAAUAGGCUUUUAAGGAGUCAAACUCCACUUUCGUACCAUAUCUCCCCCCUUCACCCACCCCCUACACACAUUCAGUAAAGAGCUCUGAAUUAAGAUACAACAGACUCAGUAUGAAUUGUAAGAGCAGGAUGAACUGAUGCCCCUUUUCCAAAUUGAACUCCAAUAAUUUUUGACCUGUUUGAAAUAGUACUGGUUUUGGAAUGGCGAUGUGAGAUGGAUAAAAGAUAGGCAGCUUUUAUGUAUUGUUUUCAUCCUGAUCUAGUAAUAUAAUUUUGAACUAGAUUCAACUGAUUAAAUCUGAAACACUUUAA